AUGCCUGGCCAGGAGAAGUACACAGAUAUCAUCGUCGAUAUCAAGGAUGGCAUUGGUACGAUCAAGUUCAACCGACCGAAGCAGCUGAACUCUUUCGGAGGCAGUCUUAUCGCGGAUACAAUUGCCGCCCUUCGAGAGCUCAACGACCACCCGGAUACUACUUUCACCGUCAUCACGGGCGAGGGGCGGUUCUUUGCCUCUGGCGCAGAUGUCAAUGGCAUCUCGAAAAUGAAGAACGACUUCAAGAACGACGGCGAAAAGAAAAUCUUCUGGUUACAGAACUUCGCCGUCGGCAUGGAGCUUGUCCGCUCUAUGAUUGACCACAAGAAAGUCCUCGUCCUCGCGCUCAACGGCCCUGGAGUAGGUGCUGGAGCGGCAUGGUUCCAGGGUGCUUCUGAUCUCUUCUACGCCGCCGAGGGUGCCUGGCUACAAGUCACAUUCUCACAGAUGGGUCUCGUACCCGAGAACGGCAGUGCCAUCAACUGGGCACAAUCUAUGGGGACCCAUCGUGCAAAUGAAUGGCUUAUGCUCGGUGGCAAGGCCACAGCUGAGGAGCUGAAGGAGAUCGGCUUGGUGAACAAGAUCUUCCCCAAGGACGGCUUCCACGAUCAUGUGCACGGCUACUUGAAGGGAAUGUUGCAGGAGCGAAGUGGUAAGAGCAUGAUGGAGAUGAAGAGGCUGCAGAAUGCCAGCACCAGAGAUGCAAGGAUUCUUGCCUUGUACAAUUCAUCUGAAGCUCUGGCCGAGCGCUUCGUCGAAGGAGAGCCAAUGGUGAGAAUGAAGGCUAAGAUGGAUGAGUUGGCAGCGAAGAGAAAAGGCCGAGAAUCGAAGAUCUAA